GUCCUACUGACAGGUCUUCGGAACAAGUUGUCAGUUAACUUGGAUAACGAUAGUAAAAAAACCGGUAGACAAACAAGAGCGUGUGACGGACUCAAAAAUAGGGAUGUCGACAGGUAUACCAUCGAUGGAGCAUCCAUCAACACUAAUGACGACGUGUUGAGGCUCAGCACCAUCAUUACGUCGACAGUACUAGACUCCCUAAGCAAACUCGGGUCUCCCAGCUCAGGGUCCCUGGACACAACAGUGGUUCCCAAAAACCCUGUAGGUGAUUCGACCCACGUUAAGAGAGCCCAAAAGAACCAGGCAUCACCGCCUAAGCCGAGCAACCCAAGUGUUGCUGCACGGAAAAUAACUGGUGAUUUGGUCGCACAGUCUACCCCCAAGACUGUUCGUCCGGUCAAUAAAGAGCCCAAGAUUCAAAAACGCACACUGACCUCCAAACAACAAGUUAUUAAACCUGAACCCAUCGUGAAACCUGGUAAAUUAACAACAGUUCGUGACGAUUCUCUCAUUAUCAUGAACCUCGUUGACAAUCCUGACCUUCCUCUCAGUCUGCAGGACAAAAACGACAGGAUGCUCUGGGGUGAAUUGAACAAGAAGCUUGAACUUCCUAGAAUAGAGCCUUUGACGGUCACCCGGCUCACUCGAGGAAAGGAUUCUAAGCAUCUAAAUCACCCGAGGCUUCUCCGAGUAACAUUUAAGAAUGCUACCGACGUAGAGGACGUCUUGCUAGCAAGUCACUUGCUGAAAUCAGAUGGUAACGUAAGAAUAUUGCCCGACAUACCGUACUCUGAGCGCAAUAUCAUACGAAACAUCCCUAAAGAAUCUCGCGAGAAGUUUUUCCGCGGUAGAAACAUAAUUGUUCAAGGUAUACCGGAAAAUGCAGACCCUACUCAAUCACAUUCUGACAUCAGGGAAUGGAAAUUCAUCAAACAGUCCUUGAGGCUCAAACACAUACUGACUCAGCAUGUGACGAGACUAGCCAAGAAGGACGGUGACCCAGACCCCGUCUAAUGAAGAUAACCUUCCCAUCUUCCCACAUGGCGGCUGCAGUUCUGGAAGCAUUUCGUGCUAAUAGACGUCGAUUGCCACCUGGAAUCCACAUGCACCCGGAUAGGCCAUACGAAGCUAGGACCAAGAACAAAGGCAAGUUGGAGCUGACCAUUCCACUUGUGGACUGUCUAAACGAUAAAAAAACGUGUAAAGGACAGGGCCUACCACCUCGGCAAACCUCAUAUAGGUGGGCUACCUGUCCAUUCACAUAAGGUUCAUACAGAAAAACAGGACGAAGCUCACGCGUUCCAAAUUGAAAGCAUAAACUGCUUAUAUAUGAACGCCGCGAGUCUACCAAACAAACUGGAUGAACUACGUGAACUUAGCAACGCUAAUAAGGCCCAUCUGAUAGGAAUAUCUGAAACCUGGAUAUCUUCUCAGUUCUCGGACCAAGAGUUAGCAUUACCUGGGAUGACUUUGUUCCGCAACGACAGAAAAACAGGAAUUGGGGGCGGAGUAGCCAUAUACAUAAGCUCUUGCUUGGAGGUGCACCAAGUUCACAACCUCGAGUUUAACAAUCUUGAGGAAUCCAUAUGGUGCUCUGUAAGAUUGUCUAGUACUUCGAGGUGUCUAGUCGGAGUCAUUUACAGGAAGCCAACUGCCGACAUCGAGUACGAUAGUCGUAUGCUGGAAGGACUAUCCCGCUCUAUCCGUCUCGGUUUCACACACAUCCUGAUUCUAGGGGACUUUAAUCUCCCUAGAGUCAACUUCGCGGAACACACGUACACUGGAGGCGACAACUCAAUUGAAGCUCGGUUCUUCAACCUCAUCGAUGACUUGGGCUUAUAUGAAAAUGUGAGGUCGGCAACUCGUUGGAGAAACAGUCAGACACCAUCGCGCUUAGACUGUGUAUUCACUAACGAAGAAUUCCUAGUCGACAACCUCUCAAUCCUGGCUCCUCUGGGAAAGAGCGAUCAUGCCGUCAUAGCCUUCAGUUUUGUCAUCAAAACUAAGCUAAGGUAUCCCAACAAUAAUUUGCGUUGGAAUUUUAAACGGCUGAAUGUGCCAGCUCUACAUGAC